AUGGCUGCGGGCGAGCUGGUGCCCGACACGCCGACCUCGACAGCUCACGCGGCACACGAGUCGGCCCAGAAGGACUCGCAUAGCCAGUCCUACCUCCUCGCUGCCAUCGGUCGCGGUGGGGUCCGUCCGCCCUCGUCGCCAGGCGCAAGGACGUCCGACGCCGACAGCUCGCUCUCAGAGGCUACACAGAACAGGCUGAGCGCGAUACAGGCAGCGGCACAGGCGCGAGACGGCGAGGAAGACGAACUCGAGUUGGAUCAGGAUGAGGGGGACUUGUCGACCGUCGCCGACUCACAACUGCCGCCUCGAGCACGCUCACCGGACGAGAACACCUCUCGCAGCCGGGCGAGCGCCGCUCUGAGGCGACACGACUCGCAUCCCGUCCUCGCUCCGCCAAAAUACGACGACGGGUACCUGGGCGAGACGAUGGCGGAGAGUUUGGGCGAGACCAGCUGGGAGAGGGACAAGAGUCGAAGGUCGUCGGAUCGAAGCGGAUUGUCGCGAACGGCGGCGCAGGAUGACGAAGCGCUUGGCGACCCGAACGACGAGACGACGACGGGAGAAGUCUCGAUGGAUUUGACGCGGGCGGACGGGCGACUUUUGAGUCGGCGCGUGCAGGAGCUUGCCGACGCGGACGAUACGGUGCCCAGCCAGCAGAUCACGGACGACUCCCAGUCGGUGCGCCCGACGGAAAGUCAGAAGGAGAACCCUUCUCCCGUUCGCGCCAUCAGCCGUCCAGCGUCGAGUGCGGCUUUCGGCAGUCACAGCCCUUACGUCAACAUGCACGAGGGCAGCGGGCCUUCCUCCUCGCCGGCAGUCGCCCGCGAGCUUCUUCAGCGGUCGCCGGCGAAGAAAGCGUUCGUCGAGGAACCCGCUUCGAGCGCCGACCCCGUUCUCUCGCCGAGCGUUCUCUUGUCUCCCGCGCGACUUGCGAAGCUCAAGGCGGUGGGUGCGUUCGCCUGCGAUUCGCUCGGCGCUGCGGAGAAUGAUGGCAGUCUCGGACCGGAGACAUCGACACCCGCCUUCGCCAACGCGCCUGCCCCUGCGUCAGUCACAGCCGCCCGCACGCUUCCCAAUCUCGAGCUCAGCCUCGCUUCCGAUACCUCUGCUGCGCCCGCUCAAGCACCUCGUCCCCUCGCUCGCUCCGCCACUACCGGAGUCGACCUUUCCCUCUUCGCCUCGUCGGCGGCGAUGAAGGCGCCCGUGCCGGCGAAGAAGAAGGUUCGGCGGGAGGUGUGGGACGGCAUCUCGCAGAGUACGGAGGAGGCCAGUCUGUCGAUGCGCACGAACGGGGAGGAGCAGAGCCUUGAGCUCCCUCAAACCGUGGUACACGUCGAUGAAGCCGAGGAAGGAAAGGGCAAGCCGGAGAAGCAGGAAGAGCGAGGCGACGAUAUGGACGUCGACGAAUCGCUGCCUGCCACCCUUCCUAACGCGCCGUAUGCCGACGAGUCUCCUAGCGGCAGCACGGCGACGAGCGAGCAGCAGUCACUGCGUCCAGCCGCCGCCGCUCAGACCGACCAAGCUUCGUCGCUCGACUUUGCUCCUCGUCGCCGACCCAACCAACCCGCCCUCUUCACACGCGCGACCGACUCAGCAUCCUCUUCACCGAGUCUCACGCCUGCCCGUGACGAGGCAGCGCCUCGCGUUACUUUCGACGAAAAGGCCGGCGGGAAACGCCUCACCGACAUCUCGGAUCUCCAGAGCAGCUUUGAGGCGCCGACGCAGUUCGAUGUCGCCGCAACGCAAAAGGAGUACGACGCCGAGAAGGUUGGGUCUAGCUUGCGAAGCCAGGAUGUCAGCUUCGACAACGCCGAGCGGUGGCAUAAUUCGUUUCAGCAUGACACUUCGACCAGUGCUCGCGAUGGGCCGACAUCCACGUCUCGUCCACUGCCGGGUCGCGAGCUGAAGCGCCAGCCUCCUCCACCUUCGCCCGUUCGCGACGGCGAGGUUCCCGUCGCCGACGAGCUCUUCCCUCUGGGAGCCGUUCCGUUCGCCACUACCGAUGCCGGCGACGAGACUCUCCAACUACCCGUUCCUCCAGUCGACCUCGACAUCUCCACUCUCCCGCAACCAACGCAGAACCAGCCUGUACCCGAAAGCUCGCCCGACGUGCCGCUCGCCAAGCGCCCUCGCUUCAAUUCUCCCGUGCAGCAAGGUCGCGCUUCUGGCUCGUCGUCGAGCCACAAGCAGCAGACGGUCUCCUCGAACGGCUUUGUGCCCGACAGUGACGGUCCGACGCCGCCGCUCGCUUCCACGUCGAAGGCGGUCAAGCCGAAUCAGCGGAAGGCUCCGCCGCUUGUUGCGAAGCAGAAUGCACGGACACGCCAGCAGGCUGCAGAUGGGAGCGCGGAGGAUGAGGAGUCGGCGACGGAAGAGGAGCCUGUACGAGGCAAAGGCAAGGGUCGUGCGGCAGCAAAAGUCGCCAACCCAGCGGCUUCGAAGCCAGCCCCGUCGCGCAAAGGCAAGGAGCGAGCCGCGGCACCGCAGGAAUCGGUCGACGAACUCGACCUCCUCGCUGAGACCAACUACUCGGUUCCACCAGCGCCCAAGACCGCCAAGUCCACCCGAACGACGCGAAGAGCCGCGACAGCUACUCCUGCAUCUACCAAGACCGCCGACAAGGGCAAGCGGCGGGCGAGCGAGACGCCCUCUGUCGAGCCUGAGCCCGCGCGCAAACGACGACGGUCCGAAACGUCUUUCAUCGGCGUCGAGAUCCCGUCUCCCGCCAAGUCUCGUACCUCUACGCCGAAAAAGGCGACGAAGAAGGCACCGGCGAAGCCUGCUGCGACCGCCAAGAAGGCGAAAGGCGGGCGGACUUCGACGAGGUCCGCAGGUACGGCCAUCUCACCGUCGCCCGAACCCGCUGCGCCAGUUGCAGGACCUUCGCGACUGCGCUUCCAGUCCGUCGAGGAGGAUGUCUCUCGCCAAGCGGCUUCGCCAGCACCCACCGAGACCAGAUCGACCACCUCUGCCGGCGAACGCGCGCCAAAGUCUCGUCUGCCCGACACUGCACCCUUUUCACGCGUCCUGGCUCUCUGGCGCGACAACUACCUCUUCUACCCUGCGACGGUCACGGCAGUCUCGGGCGGCUUGUUCCACGUCCUCUUUGACGACAACUCGAAGGGCAAGCUACACCCGCAUGAGAUCAGGCGCUGCGAGCUCAACGUCGGCGACCUGAUCUACUACCGUGGCGACGAGGUCGAUACCGAGACGCAGGCUCAGGCGCUGGACGGCGAGGUCCGGGUUCUCCGUGUCGAGCGAGACGGCGAAGCGGUCACGGGCUCGCUCGAAGCCGACGACAUCAUUGUCGCAACGUCGACACGGGACGAGGAGGGCAGGGUGCAUCGCCUGCGGGUCGAAGCCAUCUGCAUCCAACCGUACCGGUCGCAGCAGCUCGACGACCGACGCCUUACCGCCGACGAGCUCGCGCGAUUCGAGGGCCGCGAAGGGGUCGUCCUCCAGUCUCUCGCGCUCCUCAAGCCGCCAAAGCCUGUCGAGUCCAAGCCUUUCGAGCGCAAUCCGCAAUCGCAACGCCUCUUCAGCAAGACAGCAUUCAUCGUCACGUACGCCAGCAGCAAGGCGACCGGCGGCGGCCCCUCCCAAACGGAUCGCGAGGCGUUCGUCGAAGAGCUCGAGGGACACGGCGCGACCGUCAUCGAGUGGCAGCACCUCUUCACGGUCAACGCGCCCGCCAAGUCGACCGACUCGCCCGACCUCUUCUUCCCCAUGAUCGACUUUGAGGAGAUCGAGGAGAUUUUCUUGCUCGCCGACAGGGCGUGCACGACGGUCAAGUACCUCGUUGCGCUCGCAUUGGGCGUCCCGUGCCUCUCGCGCGAGUUCCCGCUGCAGUGCAUCAAGGAGUGCGUCCGCCUCGACUGGCGCUCCUUCCUGCUCACCUCCGGCCACAUCCAGCAACUCGGCACCUACGGCGCAGGCGGCCAACUGCGUGCGCUUCUCAAGCAGUCUUUCGGCCUCCCUUCGCUCGUCGAGACGUUCAAAAGGGGCGGAGUAUUCAACGACAGGUCGUUUUUGGUCGUGCUCAAGAAGGCGGGAAAGUCGAAGGACGAGAAGGUCGCGCAGAACAACCACGCCUACACGCUCCUCUCGCUCCUAACCAGCGCCUCAGCCCACCACGUCCACUUUGUCUCCUCCGCCUCAGACGCCCUCUCCGCCUCGGGCUACGACCACGUCUUCCUCGACGACGACAACACCACCCUGACUCUUCCUGGCGCGCUGAAGAACCAUAAGGGGCUGGUCAAUAUCGUCUGGGUCAAGCAGUGCCUCAUGGCUGGAAGGCUGUUGCCGAGCGCGAGGAUGAAGGAGGUGCAGGUUGAGGAGCCGUGA